CGUCAUUUUCCUUUUGAUGUUUUUCUUGAUUCUCUAUCAGAAGCUGAGUAAUAACAAACAUCUCGCUGCGGAAAUUUAGCGUAAAUUACGUUGUUUAGUGGUGCAUAAUUAUUGUUUGUGUGGACAUUCGGGUGGCGGGUAUCCUGUGCUUUAAACAACCGUAUGGAGUUUACCGUAAAACCCUCACCAAGCGACACAACUUCGAACGAAUGCAAGGAGAUUUUGGCCGAGCUAAUUACAGCGACCAAUGAGUUGCGAAGUCACAUCCGCUUCCAAGGAGCGACGCCCCAAGAUGCUGACGAUGGAAGUUCCGUGCUGGGGACCUACGAUCCGAACAGAUUGGAGCCCCUCUAUCGGUGUAUCAAACGAAUAUUCACACACAAAAUUAUGACCUUCUCCGAAAAGAACGAGCCAGAUGUUUGGGAAGUGAUUAAAGGUCUCCAGUUCUCGAAUCCUGCUAUUUCGCUGCACGUUACACGAGCAAGACCAGCUGCGACAGUCGUAAGCGAAGACAAAGGUCUGCUGUGGAUAUUUCAGUGCGUUCAACAGCGCUGUCUGUCGAAGAAUCUAAACUGGCUCGUCAAUGAUAAGGAACAUAUGGGUCAAUGCUAUGAGUCAACGGCGUUUCUCCGCGACGAACGUUAUGCAGAUGCGAUGAUGAUUAGCUUUAAUGCGCUGGAAAGAGGGCAGCCCACGCUUCUGUCCCGGAUCGAUCCUGAUUUGUAUGCACAAGAAGACAACACCCUGAUCGGAGGAAUCAAACGGUCCGAAUCUCAUCCGAACUUCCUGCUGAAAGACGCCAACAAAGCGAAACAGGAGAAAAGUGGCCUUAAACGACGACAGACGAUACAUCACUCCAACUCCCGGAGUAACCUUCGCAAGGAAAAGAUAUCCAAAGUGUCGAGAAGUCUGCCGAACAUUGCCCUCAAAGAUCACUAUCAUUCCACUAGGAAACGGCCACCCGACUGCCCCGAUGGCAAUAAGGAGAAUGAAGUCGCUGAAGUCAUCGUGCCAAAGUUCUGUUAUAGUGGUAAUGAAAGUGUGCCAAAACCAUCCUUGAACGUGUUGAAUUGUGAUAAUAUAAAAAUCUAUACCGAUUCAUCUAGCAGUAGCUAUCAACCGGAGGGGGCUUGUCCGGCGAAAGCUCCAAACAAGAGUAUGGAAAGUAGCAGUUCCAAAACCGACUUGUUCAGCUUGGCCAUGCUGACGGGCAGCCCAAGAAUACUUCUGAAUGAAUUUAUUCCACAAUAUGGAGAGAAGAUAAGUAAAACCAACGACAAUAAGAGCGUUGGAAGCUUGUUGAGCGAGAUCCCAUCCCGUCCCCUUCCUGGUCAAAGUUUGACCUCUUACCUGAAAACAGUUUCCAUUUCUCGCACCAACACCGAACUCGAUCGGGAGAAUGCCCAUUUCAGUCUCUCCGAAGCACUUAUCGCAACGUUCGAACAAUUGAAGUGGAAUGAAGGGCAAGCGGCGACGAGGCGAAGUGGAUUACGGAAAUUUCCGUCCAAUUCAAAUUUUUGGACAUCGUGUCCUGGGUCGCCACAAUUUUUUGUUGGUGGCCACAAAAGCAGCGAAGAUUCAGCAAACAAUAUAAGUCCUUCGACCGCUUCCAGGGGAAGUGACUCAACAGCCAUCUCGUCACUAUCGAGUGGAAGCAGCAGUGUGGAGUCGGGAGAGUUGCAUUCGAAAUAUCUGCGACAAAUUUCGCCGAGUUAUGCUAACCAUUCCUCCGGCGAUGAGGAUCUGGAAGCAGUGGAAGCCAGCGAAUGCGGUGACGUAAAAACGUAUUCUGCCGAAGGAGUUGCCCUCAGCUUACUGUCCAAGUUCAACGAGAAACAACUGCCCACGGCGUGCGAAAUGCUGUGGUUGGUAUCUGAGCAGGAUGCGCCUCAACAGUUGCUUCCAAUCCCACCGGAUGGAUACAUUGCCAAUCCGGACGAUCAGAACGGGGUGAACACCAUCAUCCGAGGAACGCGAGAGUGGGCUCCUCCGAGACCUCAGAUAAUCUUCACCUACUGCAGUCAGUGGUCAGAUCGCCGGGCACAAAUGCUAAAACAAAAUAACCGAUGCGCAGGUUGUGGAAUGAAAGUCGCUCAGGCAUAUUCCAGUCGGUUCCGGUAUUGCCAUUACCUAGGCAAGUACAAUUGCUCCGGAUGCCACAAGAAUCAGAUGGCUGCAAUUCCAGCCAAAGUAAUCGAACGGUGGGACUUUACGUUCUAUCCAGUGUGCACCUUCGCCUAUCGGUUGCUCAACGAUAUAAAUGCAAUUCCUCUCUAUCGAAUAAAUCAUCUGAAUCCGAAACUCUACGAAAAAGUACGUGUUCUGCAAGUAGCUCGAAAUAUUAGGAAGAAUCUAAAGUAUAUUAAGGAUUUCAUCAUGAAUUGCCGCUUUGCCAUAGAGAUGAAGGGACAAAUGCAAAACGUUGCGGAGCACAUAACGUCUGACUUGGACAGUUGGUCUAUGGCGGAUUUCAUUUCCGUUAGAAGUGGAUCCUUCCAGAAGGAAAAGACCGAUCUGAUCAAGCGCUGUGAGAAACACAUCUAUGAGUGUGAACUCUGCAUUGCGCAUGGGUUCUUCUGUGAAAACUGUGAUCGCAAGGAGAUUAUUUUUCCUUGGCAAAAACGAGUAGUAAAAUGUAGCAAAUGCGGCGCAUGCUAUCACGACACAUGCUGGCUAUCCGACUGCGUAAAGUGCGAUAGACUGCAGCGCCGAAUUGUGACCAGAAAGUGAUCUACAAUCAACUGAAUCUACGCAAGGUGUUCAAUAUUUAAGUACCACGAUUUUUUAAAAGCCUUAUUAAACAUGACGAUUUAACAGCUCUA